AUGGAUGCGGUAGAUGAGAAUGGAGCAAUAGCGCUAGCCGUAGCUGUGCGACGACAAAAGCGAGAAAUCGUUUCCUUGAUACUUGCCAAGGGCUCUGUUCCUAUCAAUAAAAAAGAUAAAUUCCGCAAAAGUGCGCUUGUUUAUGCGGUUGAGGCAGAAAACCUACAUUUAGUAUCUGACCUUCUGGAUAUUGAUGAUGUAGACCCUAAUGGUCUUGGUAUCAGCCCGCCUAUCAGCAUUGCUGCCGCUAGAGGCAACCUACCCAUGGUAGAACGGUUUCUCUCCCGGCCUGACAUCGACGUAAGCCCAAAGUCGGGUGUCACUCCACUCUACUGUGCGGCUAAGGAGGGCCACCUACAAGUUGUUCGACGAUUGCUUUCCCUUGGGGACAAAAUCGAUAUACAACAGACUGUCGGAGACAGGACGGCUCUCUCUAUCGCCUGCGAUGGCUUCCAUUUUGAAAUUGCCAAGCUACUAAUUCAACAUCAAACACGAAUCUGUCACAGUGCCGCAUCGUACUGGAAGAGUAAAGUAGUAGAUACUGCAGUCUCUGCGUUCAAGAACAUUAUGUUUGCCUAUCUAUAUUUGCUUCAGAAGCGCGGGGCGUAA